GAUCUCAUUCUGACCUUUAAUAUCUCAAUGCAUCGUUCUUGGUGGAUGGAGAAUGGGCCGGGCUGCACCGUGACCUCAGUAACCCCAGCCCCAGACUGGGCACCAGAGGACCAUCGUUAUAUCACUGUCUCGGGGUGUUUUCUUGAAUAUCAGUACAUAGAAGUGGCUCACAGUUCUCUUCAGAUCUUCCUUGCA